AUGUCCUACAAAAUUGCCUACGACGCAGCCCGCGCGCCACCCCACGGCACCGCCAUCGUCGAGUUUAUGGAGGAUUUCUACCGCACCAGCGACACCGAGUCCCUGCACGAGAAAUACGUCCAGAGCUUCACCGAUGAUGCGACGCUGAUCAUGGGGCCUAAGGAGGCUAAGGGUUCCAGUGAGAUCCUCCCCCUCCGCCACGGCCUCUGGGCACACGUCGCAUCGCGGAAACACUCUCCGCAGCGCAUCUUUUUCAGCGGCGACAACGAGAUCAUGCUCUACGGCGGCGUUAAUUACCGGCUCAAGGCGGAUCCGGAGAGGGAUGUUUAUGUGCCUUGGGCUGGCCGGGCGGUGUUUGCGCCGGCGAAGGAGGGGGAAGCUGUGAAGAUGGAGUUCUAUCAGGUCUAUCUGGAUCCUUCGGCGCAGUCGGGUAAGAAAUAA